UCAUUUCUCGGCAGCCAUUCCGUCGAGUAUUGUACAGUGACGUGUCGAGGGUGUUCCUCAAAAUUGGGACGUCGCAACAUACUUGAAUAUAAUGCGAUCUCAUUAACACUUGAUUGUUCGAGGAUAACGCGACAAAAUGUUGACCAAGUUCGAAACGAAAUCUGCCCGCGUUAAGGGCUUGUCCUUUCAUCCGAAAAGGCCGUGGGUACUGGCCAGUCUCCACAACGGCGUCAUCCAACUGUGGGACUACCGGAUGUGCACUCUGUUGGACAAAUUCGACGAACACGACGGCCCGGUUCGAGGUAUAUGUUUCCACGAUCAACAGCCGCUGUUCGUGUCAGGGGGCGACGACUUCAAAAUAAAAGUAUGGAACUACAAACAGCGUCGUUGCAUUUUCACGCUUCUCGGUCACCUCGAUUACAUCAGAACGACCACGUUCCACCACGAGUAUCCGUGGAUCUUGAGCUCCUCCGACGACCAAACGAUACGCAUUUGGAACUGGCAGAGCAGGACCUGCAUCUGCGUACUGACCGGUCACAACCACUACGUGAUGUACGCCCAGUUUCAUCCCUCCGAGGACAUAAUCGUCUCGGCCUCCCUCGACCAGACCGUGAGGGUCUGGGACAUAUCGGGGCUGCGUAAGAAGAGCGUCGCACCCGGUCCCGGGGGUCUCGAGGACCACUUGAAGAGCCCCGGCGCAACCGAUCUCUUCGGUCAGGCGGACGCGGUCGUCAAACACGUCCUCGAGGGGCACGGCCGUGGCAUAAACUGGGUGUGCUUUCACCCGACCUUGCCGUUGAUAGCGUCCGGCGCGGACGAUCGUCAGAUAAAAAUUUGGCGGAUGAACGACUCCAAGGCGUGGGAAGUGGACAGCUGCCGUGGUCACUACAACAACGUGUCCUGCGUGCUCUUCCACCCCAGGCAGGAGCUGAUCCUCUCGAAUUCGGAGGACAGAAGCAUCAGGGUAUGGGACAUGACGAAACGUACGUGCCUGCACACUUUCAGGCGAGAGAACGACAGGUUCUGGGUACUGGCGGCGCAUCCUACGUUGAACCUGUUCGCGGCCGGUCACGAUUCCGGCAUGACGAUUUUCAAACUGGAAAGGGAACGACCGGCCUACGCGGUCUACGGGAAUCUACUUUACUACGUGAAAGACCGUUUUCUCAGGAAAUUGGACUUCACGACGUCGAAGGAUAGCUCGGUUAUGCAGCUCCGUGGUGGAGGCAAAAUACCGGCUUACAGCAUGUCCUACAACCAGGCGGAGAACGCGGUUCUUAUUUGCACGAGAUCCGCAAUGAAUAUAGAAAACAGUACAUACGAUUUGUACAUGAUUCCAAAGGACGGGGACUCGAAUAGCGACCCUGAGACGAAAAGGGCAUCGGGAGUGACGGCGAUUUGGGUAGCCAGGAACAGGUUCGCCGUCUUGGACAGAGGCAAUUCGAUGGUGUUGAAAAAUCUGAAGAACGAGGUGACCAAGAAGGUUCAAAUAGAGAACUGCGAUGAAAUUUUCUACGCCGGUACGGGUAGGCUGUUACUGAGGGAUGCCGAACAGGUGAUACUGUUCGAUUUCCAGCAAAAGCGAACCCUGGCAGACGUGAAGAUAUCGAAAUGCCGAUACGUCGUUUGGUCUAACGACAUGUCUCACGUUGCUUUGCUUGCGAAGCACACGGUCAAUAUAUGCAACCGUCGUCUGGAGUCGAUCUGUUCGAUCCACGAAAAUACCCGGGUGAAAUCUGGGGCCUGGGACGAUUCGGGAAUAUUCAUUUACACGACGAGCAACCACAUAAAAUACGCAAUCAACAACGGCGACCAUGGGAUAAUUCGUACUCUGGAUUUACCCGUCUACGUAACUCGGAUCAAGGGAAAUCAAGUGUUCUGUUUGGAUCGGGAAUGCAGGCCGAGAAUUCUGAACAUCGACCCAACGGAGUACAAGUUCAAACUGGCCUUGAUCAACAGAAAGUACGAGGAGGUGUUGCACAUGGUACGGACAGCGAAUCUUGUCGGUCAAUCCAUAAUAGCCUACCUACAGCAAAAGGGAUACCCGGAAGUGGCUCUGCAUUUCGUCAAAGAUGAAAAAACCAGAUUCGGUUUGGCUUUGGAAUGUGGUAACAUCGAGGUGGCCCUGGAGGCGGCUCGAACCUUGGAUCAAAAAGGCUGUUGGGAAAGCCUAGCCCAGGCUGCUCUUUUGCAAGGGAAUCAUCAAGUAGUGGAGAUGUGCUACCAGAGAACGAAGAACUUCGAGAAACUCGCAUUCUUGUAUCUGAUCACUGGAAAUUUGGAUAAAUUGAGGAAAAUGACGAAAAUAGCGGAGAUCAGGAAAGACGUUUCCGGACAGUACCAGGGCAGCUUAUUACUCGGAGAUGUUUAUGAACGUGCGAAGAUCCUCAAGAACUCCGGCCAAACGUCUCUGGCAUACGUCACGGAAAAAAUUCACGGAAUAGCCAGCGAAGAAGACGACUCGCAAUACGAGUCAAUGGAAGAAGAACUAAAUGAUUUGGCAACUGGAGCCAUUUAUCUUCAACCUCCGAUUCCGACCCAACAAGCUGAGAACAAUUGGCCACUGCUGACAGUCUCCAAAGGAUUCUUUGAGGGUGCGAUGAUGUCGCGUGGAAAGACUCAAGUAGCCGCGGCUCUGGCACCAGAGGAUGAUUCUGGACCAGUCGAAGGAUGGGGCAAUGACGACGAGUUAGGAAUCGAUGACGAAGAAGGUGGAGACGCAGAAAAUGUGGGAGACACCGAAGAAGGUGCUGGUUGGGAUGUUGGCGAUGAAGACUUGGAGCUUCCUCCAGAACUGGAAGCUGCUACACCAGCAAAUGAAGACGGCUAUUAUUCCCCACCAACUAAAGGAAUCCCUCCGACUCAACACUGGGUCAAUAAUUCUCAACUAGUGUCAGACCAUAUUUUAGCAGGCUCCUUCGAGUCUGCAUUCAGAUUAUUGAAUGAUCAGGUUGGAGUUGUUGAGUUUGAAGCCUAUCAGUCGAUAUUCUUAAGCACUUUUGCAAGGGCUCGUACGUCCUAUUCUAGUCUUCCCAGCAUUCCUUCACUUUAUGGAUAUCCUCUAAGAAAUUGGAAAGAAUCUAAUGCCAAAAAUGGCCUGCCAGCUGUUGGCCUGCGGCUCACAGAUUUGGUUCAAAGAUUACAAGUUUGUUACCAACUGACCACAGGUGGAAAAUUCACCGAGGCAGUUGAGAAACUUCAAUAUAUUUUACUGAGCGUACCAUUGCUAGUUGUCGACACAAGACAAGAUAUAGCGGAGGCUCAGCAGCUAAUACAAAUAUGUAGAGAAUAUAUAUUGGGUCUGAAAAUGGAGACAAGUAGGAAAAAUUUACCAAAGGGAACUCUGGCGGAGCAAAAAAGACAUUGCGAAAUUGCAGCCUACUUUACGCACUGCAACUUACAGCCCGUUCAUCAAAUUCUGACCCUGAGGAGUGCGGUCAAUAUGUUCUUUAAACUCAAAAACUAUAAGACCGCAGCAUCAUUUGCUAGAAGAUUGCUGGAGCUCGGACCCAGAGCAGAGGUAGCUCAGCAAGCUCGAAAAAUAUUGCAGGCUUGUGACAAAAAUCCAGUUGACGAGCAUCAACUGCUCUACGACGAACACAAUCCGUUCGCAUUAUGCGCCGGAACUUACACCCCGAUUUACAGAGGUAAGCCUGAAGUAAAAUGCCCACUUUGUGGUGCCAGUUAUCAACCACAAUUCAAAGAAACGUUAUGUACUGUAUGCGAAGUAUCACUCGUCGGCAAAGAUGCCAUAGGGCUGAGAAUAAGUCCCUUACAAUUCCGAUAAAAUUCCCGCCCAUUUUACCAUGCAUUUAUUUCGCUAUCUAAUACCAUUUUGUUAUUACUAUGUAUCAAACUACGUUAGGUUUCAGAUAUGAUUGAAAUACUACCUGUUCAGUAACGAAAUGUCACGUCUGUGACAUUAUUUAUAAUAAGAGAUAAUAAAAUUGAAUUUAUAGUAAAA